UGGUGCAGAAAGGAGGAGGAGCAGUCCUUUUUAUGGGCUCUAUAAAUUCCCCCAUCAAAGUUUUGAUUCCUUGCUUCCUUACUUUGAAGAAAAGAGGCAAAACAAACUCUCUCUCUCUCUCUCUCUCUCUCUCUCACACACACACACACACACACUCUCUGAAAGUACCCUUAAGCAUCUUGAAUCUUUUAAGGUCCACUGAGGCUUUUAAGUUUCAACCCCCACUUUCAACUAAGCUUCAGAAAAUGGCGAUCUGGGGUUUGCUUCAUCUUGUUGCUGCUGCUGCCCUUGUUCUCUCCUGCCCUUUGGCACCCACAAGUGCAAACUUAGAAGGGGAUGCUCUGUACGCGUUGAGAAGAGCUGUGAAUGACCCAAAGAGUGUUCUGCAGAGCUGGGAUCCCACCUUGGUUGAUCCCUGCACUUGGUUUCAUGUCACUUGCGACGCUGACAAUCGGGUCACACGACUAGACCUUGGAAAUGCAAACUUAUCGGGCAGUCUAGUACCCGAGUUAGGGAAGCUCGAGCGCCUUCAGUAUCUGGAAUUGUACAUGAACAACUUGAUGGGUUGUAUACCAAAAGAGCUUGGAGGAUUGAAGAGCCUUGUGAGCUUGGAUCUCUACCACAAUAACUUCUCUGGGGCCAUCCCACCCUCCCUUUCCAACCUCUCCAAUCUUAAAUUCUUGAGACUGAAUGGUAACAGACUGACUGGAAGAAUUCCAAGGGAACUUACCAAACUUCAGAAUCUGAAGAUCCUUGAUGUAUCCAACAACGAUUUAUGUGGUACUUUCCCAACCUCGGGCCCUUUCUCCAAGUUCUCAGAGGAAAGUUUCAAGAAUAACCCAAGACUGGAAGGACCAGAACUGAUGGGAUUUGUGAGAUACGAUACCAGAGGGAGCUGCAAAUGAUGUGUACCAUUAAUAUACUAUAUACUAUACCUAAAAGGCAACAAAGGGUUGCCAAAAUUCCAUCUCCACUUGUAUUUACAUUGUCCAUUUUUCUUUUUUUAUGAGACAGCCUUUUAUGUUUCACUAAUGUGAUUACCACAACUUACUACCCAUUGGCUUCUUUAAUUCACCCAAA